UUUAAGUCCCAAUUUAUUAUUACGUAUGUAUUGAUAUUGAAACCGAAGUGGAACAGAUUUACAGAUUAGUUGGGUUUUAUUCUAAAUUUAUUUGUUUGAGAACAAAAAAAAACUGAUUCGAGAUGCAGGGAAUGUCAUUGAACUCCCUUAAAAGGCACAAAGCGUUGAUUCCCUUGUACUUUUGUGUUGGAUUGGGUUGUGCUGGAGCAGCUUUCUAUACUGCUAGAUUGGCCUUUAGGAAUCCCGAUGUCCAGUGGAACCGCUCCGGUGAAAUCUCUAAUGAGGAAUUCAGGCAGAAACAGUACAAGUUUUACUCUCCAAAUAUAGACUACAACAAACUGGAAAGUCCCGCCCCAAAAUACUAAAAUGUUUAACUGGUAGUCAAAUAUACAGUGUAAUUUAAUUAUAAAUAAAGUACUUAGUUGUAAAAUAUAAAUAUAUUUGAAUA